AUGGGGAACCAAAAUAGGAAUAGCCCUUAUUCAAAUUCCUACAACCCAUCAUGGAGGCAACAUCCCAACUUCUCGUGGAGUAAUCAAGGGGCUGGGCCUAGCAACUCUUCUAUGCCUCCAAGACCAAAUUUCCUACCGGGUUAUCCCCCACAAGCACCACAACAAAGGCCACAACAACAAGCAGUGCAAUCUAGCUCUCUUGAGAACAUGUUGAAGGAGUAUAUAGUGAAGAAUGAAGCCAUGAUCCAAAGCCAAGCUGCAUCAUUGAGAAACUUAGAAAACCAAGUUGGGCAGCUAGCUAAUGAGCUUAGAAAUAGACCCCAUGGGACAUUACCAAGUGACACUGAGAAUCCAAGAAAUGGGAGCAAAGAACAUUGUAAAGUCGUCACUUUGAGAAGUGGGAAGGAGUUGGAGAAUUCCAAGGCCAAUUCUGGGCAUGAGGGUGAGCCCUCUUCAAUCCAAAUAAAUGAGGAAAUUAAAAAAGACACUGAAAUUCCUAGUGUAGAAAAAUCUGCCUCUGGCCAGAAUGAUGCAGGAAUGCCACAGCAUCAGUUCCCAGACAGCUCGAGUACAAGACAACCACCUCCAUUUCUCCAGCGUUUUCAAAAGCAAAAGUUGAACUCUCAAUUUAAAAAUUUCCUAGACAUUUUGAGGCAGCUACAUAUUAACAUUCCCCUUGUUGAAGCCCUUGAGCAAAUGCCCAACUAUGUAAAGUUCAUGAAAGACAUCCUUACAAAGAAGAGAAGAUUGGGGGAAUUUGAGACAGUGGCUCUCACUAAGGAGUGUAGCUCAUUCUUGCAAAAGAAGCUGCCACCACAGAUGAAAGAUCCUAGGAGUUUCACCAUUCCAUGCACCAUUGGUAAUUCUUAUUGUGGCAUGGCUUUAUGCGAUUUAGGUGCAAGCAUUAACUUGAUGCCAAUGUCUAUUUUCAAGCAAUUGGGGAUUGAAGAAGUUAGGCCUACUACAGUUACUCUUCAGUUAGCAGAUAGAUCCCUUGCUCAUCCGGAUGGGAAGAUUGAAGAUGUAUUGGUAAGGGUAGACAAGUUCAUAUUCCCUGCUGAUUUUAUUGUGUUAGACUAUGAGGCAGAUAGAGAGGUGCCCAUUAUCUUGGGGAGGCCGUUCCUUGCGACAGGAAGAACCUUAAUAGAUGUGCAAAAGGGGGAGCUAACUAUGAGGGUCCAAGAUGAAAAGGUGACUUUCAAUGUUUUUAAAGCUAUGAGAUUUCCUGAUGAGGUGGAGGAAUGCUCAGUGGUUUCAGUGGUAGAUUCUUUGGCAUCAAGGGAAUUUGAGACGAGUAAUGUCGGUGAUCCAUUAGAGAGGGUAUUGGUGUUUGAUUCACACAAUGAGGAAGACGAGGAGGAGUACUUAGCUUGGUUGGAAGCUAAUUCGCAAGGGUCAAGAACAAGAAACCGAUUUGAUUCAUUGGAGUUGUCGGCUAGGGAGUUCAAAGCUCCUAAACCAUCCAUUGAAGAGCCACCUGAGUUGGAGCUGAAAUUUUUGCCAUCUCACUUUGCGAUAUGCCUAUUUGGGUCCAUCAUCCACUUUACCUACAUAAAGGGUAUUAGUCCUUUUCUAUGUAUGCAUAAGAUUCUGUUAGAAAACAAUGAAAAAGGGUCUAUUGAAGGGCAAAGAAGGCUAAAUCCUAUCAUGAAAGAAGUAGUGAAGAAAGAAAUCAUCAAGUGGCUGGAUGCUGGCUUUAUUUAUCCUAUCUCUGACAGUUCAUGGGUGAGUCCUGUGCAGUGUGUACCCAAGAAGGAUGGGAUCACAGUGGUGAAGAAUGAAGAUAAUGAGUUGAUUCCUACGAGAACAGUAACUGGAUGGAGAAUUUGCAUGGAUUACAGGAAGUUAAACAAGGCCACUAGGAAGGAUCAUUUCCCUCUUCCUUUCAUUGAUCAGAUGCUAGAUAGACUUGUUGGGAGAGAGUACUAUUGCUUCCUUGAUGGGUACUCUGGUUACAAUUAG